AUGCGCUCCAGUUCAGAUGACUUCGCUCAGCCAGUGCUCGAGACCUCAUCAGUUGAGGGUGCUCCUGGAGCUAGUCAUCGACGUGACUCCAUGAGGAGCAGCUAUAGUAUUGUGUCGGAUGUCGAGAUGGCUCGGACCGAGGUCUUUGACGGGCCGAUAUCAGAGAGUAUCCCUUCUAGUGUUGUCUCGUUUGCCCAUCGCCGCGGCCGGAAGGACUCGAUCGUCAGCUUUACUUAUUUUCAAGAAGAAGAUGGGUUCAUUGAGUGGCCUCGCGAAGAAGUAAUCGACGCUGAGAAUGAAUCUGAUGAAUUGUCGAUUGGUGAGGCUAGCGAGGCAGAUGAGUCCAUUAUAUCUUCUCGCAGGUCAAAACGCCUGUCUUACUCCAGACCCUCAGCAGAGGAUCCUCUCCUUCCGCGGCGCCCAUCAUCGACUUUCUGUACUGGAGAGCACACAAUUGACAGCAGGCUCACCCAGAAAGUUUACAUCGCAUCGGAGGACUUGACCAUUGUCAUCGCUGGAUUUUCAACGAGCUCCACAGGCUUGGCUCUAUAUUCUUUGCUAUGCAUUUUUACUUUGGGAUUUGCAUAUAUUCUUCUACGUUGGUUGCCAAGAUGGAGAAUCCGACUAAUUGGAAAGCCGACGCCCCUUCGAUUAUGUCAGUGGGUCGCAGUGGAGGAUCAAUGGAAUCAAUUCAGCAUAUGCGAAGUGUUGAGCAUACCUUACGGACGUGUGCUUUCCACUGUCUUUGCAGAUUCUGAAAGUUGUGCCCAGGACGAAGAUAACGAUUCAACUGUCUCAUACCUGAGAUAUAUUGAUUAUCGUUGUCUCCGCUUCUUUUACCACCCUGUCGAGGACAAAUUUAGCUUGAUCAGUGGCUGGAAAGAUCCAUUGUGGACGAAUAUCAAACGAAUGCGAAUCGGGUUGGACGCAGAUGAUCACGAUAACCGUGCGCAAGUUUUCGGAGCGAAUGUCAUUGACAUACAGCAGAAGUCUGUCUUUCAACUUCUGAUCGAUGAAGCGUUUCACCCGUUCUACAUGUUCCAAAUUGCGAGUCUUGUCCUAUGGUCGCUGGAUGAAUACUAUUACUAUGCCGUUUGCAUUUUCCUCAUUUCGGUGUUCAGUAUCUGCGCAACUAUUCUUGAAACUCAAACGACGAUGAAAAGGCUGAGGGAAAUCUCACUUUUUGAGUGCGAUACCCGCGUGCUUAGGAAUGGCUUCUGGAGGUCUGUCCCUUCCCGAGAAUUGGUCCCGGGUGAUGUCUUUGAAUUCUCGGAUCCGUCUUUGAAUCAAGUUCCCUGCGACUGCAUCUUGUUAUCCGGAGAUUGUAUCGUGAAUGAGAGUAUGCUGACAGGAGAGUCCGUUCCUGUAUCAAAGAUCCCGUUGACAGACGACGCGUUGAAGUACCUUGACCUUAGUACUCCGUCUGUCCACCCGAAUGUUGCCAAGCACUUUCUUUUCAGUGGAACAAAGGUCAUUCGUGCACGGCGGCCACACAGCGUCGAUGACGGCGAAGCCAUUGCCUUAGCAGUGGUUGUAAGAACUGGUUUUUCGACAACCAAAGGUGCCUUAGUCCGUUCAAUGCUUUUUCCCAAACCCUCAGGGUUCAAGUUCUACAAAGAUUCAUUUCGUUACAUCACAGUGAUGGGUGUAAUUGCUGCUUUUGGUUUUAUAGCAUCAUUUGUCAAUUUUGUCCGCUUAGGUCUUUCCUGGCAUUUAAUCAUUGUUAGGGCACUUGAUCUAAUCACUAUCGUUGUGCCGCCAGCAUUACCAGCUACUCUGACAAUCGGCACCAAUCUAGCUCUUUCACGACUCAAGGGUCACAAGAUAUUUUGUAUCAGCCCGCAAAGGGUCAAUGUUGCAGGCAAGCUUGAUAUAGUCUGUUUCGAUAAGACUGGGACUCUCACAGAGGACGGUCUGGAUGUGCUCGGUGUGCGAACUGUGACUCAGGAUUUGAGAUUCACCGAUCUAAAGGCUGAUUUGGCUUCUCUGGCCUCCACAUCUUCAUCUGGUGUCGGAGCUACUGGCGGCCCUCAGCAACACAAAAAUAUUGUCCACGCUAUGGCAACAUGCCACUCUCUCAGAGUAGUAGAUGGCGAGCUGAUGGGAGAUCCUCUCGAUGUGAAGAUGUUCCAAUUCACUGGCUGGUCCUAUCAGGAGAACGGAAGCGAAUCUAUAGAACCCCAUGGUCCUAAGUACGAAACAAUCAUGCCACCCAUUGCAAGGCCGCCUAAUCAGAUAACCGAUUUGAGUGGUCAAAUAGGGGCCAGUCAAACUGUACCAAUAGAACUCGGAGUUCUUAGGAAUUUUGAGUUUGUCUCGGAACUACGCCGUGCGAGUGUCGUCGUCAGACAGUUUGGAGAUGGCGGAGCAAGCUUUUUCGUCAAAGGCGCACCUGAAAGUCUGAAGACCAUUUGCGUCCCUGACAGUUUGCCACACGAUUUCGAUGAAUUGUUGAGCUACUACACACACAAAGGGUACCGUGUCAUUGCGUGCGCCGCGAGAUACGAACCAAAACUCAGCUGGAUGAGAGCCCAGAAGUUGACUCGAGAACUCGUUGAACGCGACCUUGAAUUCAUCGGGUUCAUUAUAUUUGAAAAUAAACUAAAGUCCAACACUACUGGGACAAUAGCGGAACUCAGUAAUGCAGGCAUACGAAAUGUCAUGUGUACGGGCGAUAAUAUACUUACGGCAGUCAGCGUGGCCCGAGAGUGUGGCUUGAUUCGAGCGGAUGAACAGUGUUUCAUACCAAGAUUUGCGGAAGGUCGUCAUCACGAUAUUGGAGCGUCUCUGGUGUGGGAAUGUGUUGAUGAUCCGGCGCUGAAGCUUGACCCGAGCACUCUAUUGCCAUCGUUGACUCCGACAAAUGUGGAUCUCUCCGUGCCCGCAAUCGCGUGCAACAUUAAUCAGUAUACACUUGCAAUCAGUGGAGACGUCUUCAGAUGGCUUGUGGAUUUUGGCAACGAUGUUGUUUUGAAAAGAAUGCUUGUUCGAGGAAACGUAUUCGCCAGGAUGUCGCCUGAUGAGAAGCAUGAACUUGUCGAAAGAUUACAGUCCUUGGAUUAUUGUUGCGGAUUCUGCGGGGACGGUGCUAAUGACUGUGGUGCAUUGAAAGCCGCAGAUGUCGGUAUAUCCCUCUCUGAUGCCGAAGCAUCCGUUGCUGCGCCUUUUACCAGUCGUCAGUUUGAUAUAUCCUGCGUUCCACAACUGAUCAAGGAAGGCCGCGCUGCUUUGGUUACCAGCUUCUGUUGCUUCAAGUACAUGAGUUUGUACUCCGCAAUUCAAUUCUCGAGUGUCAGCUUCCUAUACACGUCAGCAUCGAAUCUUGGCGAUUUUCAGUUUCUGUUCAUUGACCUGGCGCUCAUUUUGCCGAUUGCAAUAUUUAUGGGCUGGACUGGCCCAUAUCCUGUGCUUUCCCGCAAGCGACCAACUGCAAAUCUUGUGUCACGGAAAGUGUUAACUCCACUGCUUGGUCAGAUAUCCAUAUGCAUCUUUACUCAAUUCGUGGCGUUCAAGACUAUCCAAUCGCAACCAUGGUUUCAGCCUCCAAAAAUAGACUUGGACAAUAGCAAUAUAGAGAACUCCGAAAAUACGGCUCUGUUUUUGACCUCAAUCUUCCAGUAUAUAUUUACGAGCAUCGUUCUGAGCGUGGGACCACCAUUUCGGAUGCCAAUGAGUGCGAACAAACCCCUGAUCGUUACAAUUGUCGUUGACUCAAUCGUGUCAAGCUACAUGCUCUUCGAUCCACCGGCGUGGAUAAUCGAAAUUAUGCAGCUGACAUCUAUAUCCAGAGGUUUCGCAUUUUGGCUUUUUGCACUCGCUAUCAGCACAUUUCUACUUUCGUUCGUCACCGAACGCAAGUUCUUCCCCAUACUCUCCCGGGCAAUUGGUCAUUUGAAAACACGGCUACGCCCGGGAAACCGUAAGCAGCGCCGUCAAUAUAAAGUGCUGCUUGAUGAAAUGCAAAUAUGA